AUGUCUACACAAACCGUGUCUCUACCACAGAGCCAGACGCAAUUGCUACUCUAUCAAGCACGCCAGCCUUACGAACUCGCGCAAUCCAGAAAUUUGCCUAGCAUAUCGUCUGGAGAACUACUCGUACAGGUAUUGGCUGUGGGAUUGAACCCCAUAGAUUGGAAAUCAGCUGCAUACGGUUUUGCCUUACCUGCGUUUCCUUGCGUCAAUGGUCGGGAACUAGUAGGCAAGAUUGUUCGUCAGCACUCAUCUCAGCCUUCCGACUUCGAAGUGGGAGAUGUAGUUCUAUCCAUCGCUACGGACUAUCGCGAUUUCAGAAAAUCUGGAUUCCAGGAGUAUGCAGUAGUGGAUGAGUUCAAUGCGGUCAGGUUGCCAAAAAACAUAUAUGCACCGCAAGCAGCUUCGGUUGGUGUAGCCUUUGUUGCUGCGACAAUCAGUCUGGGGGUGUGCCUAGGUAUGACCAUGUCGCAUAAAAAGGGCUUACAAAUGGAUCUCCUGAAUCUUGCUCGAGCGCAAGGCCGGGAUGAUACGCCUGAAGAUAUUGUGAAAGAGGUGUUCGACGGCAUUGAACCUCAAGAUCGUCCAGUUGCCGGAGAUUGGAUACUCAUCUACGGAGGUCAGCUUCUUGUGGCGUAG